UAUGUUUCGCAAUCUUCAUGCGCCGAAACUGUGUAAUGGAACCCGACUGAUUGUGAUGCACCUAUCGAAUACAAGGGGCAGAAUGCUUGAUUCUACGAAUUCCUUUGAGUUCUAUCGAUUUACCAUUUCAGUUCAAACGGAUUCCGUUUUCAGUAAAAAUUGCAUUUGAGAUGACAAUCAUGAGGACACAAGGAUAGUCACUAGAAAUGUGUGGCAUAAAUUUGAAACUGCUAUGUUUUUCACACGGCCAAAAAUUCGUAGCGUGCUCACGAUUUGGAAAACUAUCUUCUCUGUACAGUUACGCACCGGAAAAGAAACCAAAAAAUGUUGUUUAACAAGCUGCGUUACAUUGAAAAAAAAUGAUAAAUUUAACUUUCUUUUCAUUUCACGCAGGAAAACGGCUGCGGGGUCAGCUAGUUAUUAUUAUAAAAAAGAAAAACAAAAAAUCCCACAGUCGUUUAGAUCUCGUCAAUACUGUACUGGCUCUACCACAUAUGAACACGAGCUGUGGAUAUCAAUUUAAUUGCUCAUGGAGUCAGUUUUUGUUUUCAAUAUUCGAGAUUUUAUCUGAAGCUGGUUUAUCAAGCAUAAAUGUUGUUUCAGUCGAUAAAAAUGCGUUGCUCGUCGCUGUGGUUAAUAUUUGCUUUAAAAAUUAGCUUUUAUUGGCGUUCUGUUCAUCUAGUAUCAAUGAUCAAAUUUACGAAUAUUAAGUGCGUAGCGCUGGAUAAACCAUUUGCUGAUUUCGCCUACUGUAAGCUCAAAGCGUUGUCUCGCGAUGACGUCGCUCUUUCGUUGCGCGUCAAGUUGUUUGAAGUACCAGUGAACAAUGUUAGCUCAUUUGUAUUUCAGCUAAAAGUAGAAUUUUUUAAAAAAUACAACGGUUAUCGUCCCUUCUUGUUCAAUAAAACAUUAAAUUUUUGUGAAUUUCUCCGCAACAAAAAGCGUGUCGCCCUCUUGGAUAUAAUUUUCAAAUUUUUAGAACUUUAUUCAAAUAUCAACCACACCUGUCCGUAUAACAAUGAUAUCAUCGUUGACCGUCUUAUUCUUAGGCCAAGCUAUUUUACUAUGUUGCCAGCACCAGCGGGGGAGUAUCGCAUAAAGAUAACUGUUGGUGCUUAUAAUGAUUGGAAAGCUAUUGUCAAUGUAUUUCUACAAAUUUGGGAAUAACUAAAAUAAAAUCAAAUAACCCAAUUUAUUAUUUUUUAUAUAACAAUAUUGUUUUAUUAUUUGUUUCAAUCAUUGCCAGACUCAAUGAGGUUAAUUUUAAGGGGUUCGCAAACUG